UCCGCUUGCGUUGUUCGAUGAAACGCAGUUGUGUCCUCGAUCAGUCUUGUCGCAAAUGAAAUGCGUAAGGAUUGUAUUUUAUGUAAAUUAUGAAUUAUAAAUAUAUAUGCAGAUAAAAUGAUGGUCAGUAACCGUGAUCGCAUGAUACAGUACGAUGAUUUGCACUUUCCAUAUUGCGAUGACGUUAGCAAGUAUGAGAAACUUGAUAAAAUCGGCCAAGGAACGUUUGGGGAGGUGUUUAAGGCUCGACACAAGAGAUCCAAGAAGGUUGUGGCUCUGAAAAAAGUCUUGAUGGAAAAUGAAAAGGAAGGGUUCCCAAUAACAGCUUUAAGAGAGAUCAAGAUUCUCCAGCAGCUCAAACAUGAUAACAUUGUCAAACUGAAUGAAAUAUGCAGAACCAAACCUGUUAACAAUGCUUACAAUCGAUGGCGCUCAACCUUCUAUCUGGUGUUUGAUUUUUGUGAACAUGACCUGGCUGGGCUGCUGUCAAACUUCAGUGUCAAGUUCAGCUUGGGUGAGAUCAAGAAAGUCAUGCAGCAGCUGCUGGAGGGACUCUUCUACAUCCACAGCAGCAAGAUCCUACACAGAGACAUGAAGGCCGCCAACGUGCUCAUCACCAAGUCCGGCACGCUGAAGCUCGCGGACUUUGGCCUGGCGCGUGCGUUCUCUCAGAGGAACGGUCAGCCCAACAGGUAUACUAACCGUGUGGUGACGCUGUGGUACCGCCCCCCGGAGCUGCUGCUGGGGGAACGCAACUAUGGACCUCCUAUUGACAUCUGGGGGAGCGGGUGCAUCAUGGCGGAGAUGUGGACUCGCACACCCAUCAUGCAGGGCAACACGGAGCAGCACCAGCUGACGCUGAUCUCCCAGCUGUGUGGCACCAUCUGCCCUGAGGUGUGGCCUGGAGUAGAGUCGCUGCCACUGUACGCUGCCAUGGAGUUGCCACGCAACCACAAGCGCAAAGUCAAGGAGAGACUCAAGCCUUACAUCCGCGACGCCCACGCCUGUGACCUCAUCGAUAAGAUGCUCACUCUAGACCCCAGCAAGAGGAUAGAUGCAGACACCGCUCUGAAUCAUGACUUCUUCUGGUUGGACCCGUUGCCCUGCGACCUGGGCACGAUGCUCUCUCACCACACCCACAGCAUGUUCGAGUUCCUCGCCCCCCCUCGUCGCAACCGACACCAUCACCACCAUCAUCACAUGCACCACAACCAGCAACCAUCACAAGCUGGUGGUGCCCAAAGCAGUGCUGGUGGUGUUGGUGGUGCAGGAGGAAGUGUUAAUAGCGUCACGCAAUCGUCUUCAGGCCUGAGCCAUCACCACCAGCCCCACAGCAGCAGCAGCGCGUCUCAGGGUAGACGCCACCGCGCAGCUGCUGCCUCUGUAGCCAGCAUGUCCACCUGCCCUGAACGGAUAUUUUGAGCCAGCGUGUACUGCCCUGAACGGAUAUUCUGAGCCAGCAUGUACUGCCCUGAACAGAUAUUCUGAGCCAGCUUGUACUGCCCUGAACGGAUAUUCUGAGCCAGCAUGUACUGCCCUGAACAGAUAUUCUGAGCCAGUGUGUACUGCCCUGAACGUAUAUUCUGAGCCAGCGUGUACUGCCCUGAACGGAUAUUCUGAGCCAGCGUGUACUGCCCUGAACGGAUAUUCUGAGCCAGCGUGUACUGCCCUGAAAGGACACCAUCAGCAGUCAACAUGCCAUGUCCUCAUGGAGGAAGUUCAUUCUAUCCGUGUUGAAAACUCGAGUACAAAUUUUCCUACAAAAUCUAGGUUACUUUCGUAAGCUUUGAAUAUUGGGUUAUUAUUUGUUCAAAGUUUAUUUACUGGCUUUUUGGUGAUUUCUUUAGUAUUGAAACCGUCAUGGGGCCUCCAUGGCGUUAGUGAACUCGAAUUCUUGCGUGUCGCUGUUUGAAAUGACAUUUAAUUCUAGCAGUCAAAUAAUGAAUCCUAAAUAACUGCAGUUUGAUGCACGUCGAGGUGUCAGUAAAGAUCUCUCCUUGAAGACCAAAAAUUGUAAGAAGGCCAAGAAUGAUUUGGUUUGUUUGUGACACUUUACUGGCUACCUUCAUUCCUACAACAUUAGUUUUUAUUAAAAGUUUUAAUGAAGCUUUAAUAGGAUUUAGCAUUAGACAAACACUAUGUUUACUGUGAUUAAUUUUAUGUUAUAUUUUUUGUUUAUUUUAUCGUAUCUUAAUGCUGAUUUCCGCUUAAUGUUGACGUUUGGAUCUUUCUCGACGCCCUAUCGUGCUGGACUUCUCUUUCUCGUCGCCAUAUCGUGCUUGACUUCUCUUUCUCGACGCCAUACCGUGGUGGACUUCUCUUUCUCGACGCGAUAUCGUGCUGGACUUCUCUUUCUCGACGCGAUAUCGUGCUGGAUCUCUUUCUCGACGCCAUACCGUGCCGGACUUCUCUUUCUCGACGCCAUACCGUGCUGGACUUCUCUUUCUCGACGCCCUACCGUGCUGGACUUCUCUUUCUCGACGCCAUACCGUGCUGGACUUCACUUUGUGCUCCAAUCCGUAAUUCUCACGAAUCAAAAUGAAAUUUAUUUGAGAACGUGCUUAAAUAAGUAGAUUUCAAAUUAGCAGAUUAUAUAUAGUUUGAUGAACUUGGUUAUAAUUACAUCUUGUUUUACUGAUUCAAAAAUAUCGCUAUCGACAUCUUUGAGCUUUUCUUCAAGCUAUAAUUAUUGUGUUUUUUUAACAAUUGAUUAUGAAUACGCUGGUUAUACUGGCAGUGUCAAUGCGUCUCGUGUGUUGCCAGUAACGCUGGUUAUAAUGGCAGCGAUUCAAGCAGCAGGAGCAGUUCUCAAUUUCUCGUGUCAACGCUCGCUAAUAUUAUGUUGGUAUUUUUUUCAUUAUUUGUUUCAUCUUUGUUUGUGUUUCCUUGGAAGUAAUAUCGGCUCUAAAGUCUAUUAUAAUUUUUAACUUAGCUCAUGGUCCGUCACUUCGUAACAUGUUUCUGAAGUCGGGGAAAGGCUGGUAGGAAGUCCGGUAUGUCCCUUAAAACUUUCUUCUCUUGCCCUGCUUGGUCUUUGGAUGAUAAAAAAGAAAAAAAACUCCACUCUUCCAAUUAAUUGGUGCUUGGGAUUUGAGUUGUAUAUGUCUACUUACCGUAUGUACAUUACUUGUACAUAUUUUGAUGGUGAAGUGAACUUGAAUGCUGCCGCUACGAACUGAGCGCUGUUUGCUCGUAUGUGACGAAGCUUUUCUAGUGCGACAAGAUGCAAGCACGAGUCCCGUGCCUCGAUUAUUUCGCUCGCGAUUUCAGCAAGUGUCACCGAAAAAGUACAAAUUAUCCUGACAAAUUUAAAUAUUUAAUCAUUUUGUACAUUCGUUUCACGUGAUCGCGUAUAUGACUUGUGAAUGUGCAACUUUCAGUACCAACAAUAGGUUAACCUGAAUUAGUAUUAGUCUUUGUAAACCUUGUCCGACGAUCUCAUCUAUGCACUCGAACAUUUAUUUGCGUGUCACUUUGUACAUCAUGUACUUUCUUCUCAACUUAUGAGCCGCUUCCUAGGAUUACUUGCCGCACAUUGAUUCUCACAACAAAGUGUCCGUCCAAGCGGCGGUUUGCCAGCCUCGGUUAUCAUCUCGAUACUCGCUCGGGAUCAUGCGAUUCUUGUCGCAUUUCAGCCAUCAAAUCCCACUGCUAGCGAAUGUUUUCAGGGCAUUUAUGUGAUUCUUGGCAUAUGAUGAAUUUGUUAGCUUCUAAAGUAACUUCUUUGUCGGUCCACUAUGCGUAAAUUAUCUAGAAUUAAACAAAGGCGCAUUUCCACGUUGCUGUUACUUGCGUGUGCGAUGCUCCCUGCAACUGGAACUGGUUUUCCUGGCAAACCGCCUCUGUAUUUUAAACGUUACACUGAAACAUAAUUAACACACCAAUUCGCCCCCAAUGGUAACUUUCAAAGGGAAAUAACCUAGCGUUUGUCGUCGCCAAAAUAACAUGAGUACAAAAUGUUGCUUUUUCUUCUGUCUGAGGCAAUUUUCUUCUAAGUACCGAGGGACAUCGAGAACUGUGCUCUGAAUAGCGAAUAACUGAUGUGCAUUAUGUUUUUAAUUAUUUUUUACUUUCUGCCUCUCCCCAACAGUGUCGUAGUUAGUCUCUAUGUUGUUAAAGUAUGCAUUAUACAUUCUUACAUACCUGUCAUUAAAUUAGCUCUUAUAUUCCAUUUAUUUUCUAUUUCGUAUUCUUUCGAUGCCGGAACUGCCAAAUACACGAGAAAUCCCUGGCACUUGAAGUUGAUCGUGUGCGAGUUUUUAAUUUCGUGAGAGCAAGUUUUGCUUGGAAAUAAUCUAUUCUUAGUUUAAUCCAUUAGUGAUCAGAGUAAAAGCUAUAGUUUUCAGAUCGAUAUUUCGCUGUAGGAAGACGAGCCAUCUUUUUCUUUUUUAGAUCUUUUUAUUAUGUGGUGUUUUCCCACUAUGUAGUGCAUGAACAAUAUCAAGGUAAACCCAUAAAUAAGCAGCUCCGAUAAACGCAUAUAUACUUGUUUGGAUGGUCUAUACUUCACUUAUAAGUAAACAUCCUUCGCGCUCCCUUCGAUCGCAAUUGAAGAGUUUUCACUCAAACUUUUAUUUAAAUUUAGUAGUUCCCUAAACUGAAAAAUCCGUUGAAGUUCUUCUGUUAAUUUCCUCCAUCGCACUCAGUGAAGGUUAUAAAUUUUACUUGAUCUCAUCUUUCCCUGGCCCCUGGGUAAAGUAUAUCUUGUUGAUGUCUGUACGAUGAAAAUUUCAGUAUUUCCACUCCUAUUUAAAUUAUUGUGUUUCAUCGUCCAAGUAAGUUUUUAUUUUAUUAGUGAUUGAAAGCAAAUAUCAUGUCUACGAUGCCAGCUGCUACUGCGUUUUACAUCACGACAUUAAAUUUUAUUCUACUUCACGACUACUACACGAAUUUCUACUUUUCGUUGAUGAUAAAAUCAAGAACUUCUACGUUACAGCAUCAGAAAUGUUAGACCAAAUAGCCGCCACUAUCCUGGUGCUAAGAGUUGCGGUGAGCUAAAAUCGAUCAUUUCUUAUUAAGUUGAGCGCGCGGAAGGAAAUAAUGUUAUUGAUGUCUGUGAUUGCCGACAGACCAGCGUUGCGGGCCCGUUUUUCAAUGAACAUUUCCUAGGCGAAAAAUGCACUUUCUUGCAGUUUUGAUGUACUUUUUUUAAUUUUCCGUUUAAAGAAUAAUCUGUACUUUUCAUGAGCUAAUAAGAUCAAGUUUUGACAUGACACCAUCUUGUACUUGAAUAAUUAACCCGGUCUGUC